CCACUGCUGGUCUCGACCUUUCGGCUGUUUCGUGGCCUAAAAGCAAAGAUCGGAUGUCUUCUAACCCUAGCAAUGUCCGGAUAUGAUAUUACACAUACGGGAGCGCUGUUGACUGGAUUUUGAAAAGAAAGAAGCGAUUCUGAGGAAUCCGAGGAAGCAUCUGAAACAGGUGUUGUCAUGACAGCAAGACUGGAAUUUUCAGGCCCGUGUGUCGCUGGUCGAUCCAUGAGGCUCUGUGUGCUGGUCCUGUGCUUGCUGCCUCACUUUGGCUGGGCACUCAGUUACAAGCAAGGCGAUCCGGUGAUCCUGUACGUUAACAAAGUUGGUCCAUAUCAUAACCCCCAGGAAACCUACCACUAUUACACCCUGCCAGUCUGUAGACCUAAAGAGGUCCGUCAUAAAGCCUUGAGUCUGGGAGAGGUGUUGGAUGGAGACCGCAUGGCUGAAUCACUUUACAACAUCCACUUCAAGGAAAACACUGAGAGACAGACGCUAUGCAAGCUCACUCUCUCCGAGAAAGAGGUGGAUCAGUUGCGAGAGGCAAUCGAGGAGCUGUAUUACUUCGAGUUUGUCCUAGAUGACAUUCCCAUCUGGGGUUUCGUGGGAUACAUGGAAGAGAGUGGAUUCCUGCCUCACAGCCACAAGGUGGGGUUGUGGACACACUUGGACUUCAAUAUAGAGUACAACGGCGACUCUGUGAUCUUCGCCAAUGUGUCUGUGAAAGACGUGAAGCCGGAGCCAUUAGAGGAAGGCGGGGGAGGGGCAGGCCAUGGUGUCAGCAGUGGUGGUCUGACGGUCACUCACACCUACAGCGUGCGCUGGUUUGAGAGUACUUUGCCCCAUUCACGCAGGGCGGAGCGCCUUAGAGACUAUUCCUUCUUUCCUAAGACUCUGGAGAUCCACUGGCUGUCCAUCAUCAACUCACUAGUGCUGGUGGUGCUGCUGCUGGGCUUCGUCAUCAUCAUCCUCAUGAGGGUGCUGAAGAAUGACUUCGCCAGGUAUAAUGUGGAGGAAGAUGGCGGCUGUGACGACCUGGAUCAGGGGGAUAACGGAUGGAAAAUCAUCCACACGGAUGUCUUUCGCUUCCCACUGUAUAAGAGCCUCUUGUGUGCCGUACUAGGGGUCGGGGCGCAGUUUCUGACUCUGGCCACUGGAAUCAUUGUCAUGGCUCUGCUGGGGAUGUUUAAUGUCCAUCGUCAUGGUGCCAUAAACUCGGCAGCGAUUGUAUUGUACGCUCUGACCAGCUGUGUGUCCGGUUACUGUUCCUGCAGCUUCUACACACAGAUUCAGGGCCAGCGCUGGGUCUGGAAUAUUAUCCUCACCUCUGCGCUCUUCUCUGCCCCUCUCUUUUUCACCUGGAGUGUGGUGAACUCUGUUCACUGGUGGAGUGGAUCGACUCAGGCCCUGCCUGCCACCACCGUGCUUCUGCUGCUUGGUGCCUGGGUGCUGGUGGGUUUCCCUCUCACCGUUAUUGGUGGAAUUGUUGGAAAGAACAGAGCAGGCAACUUCCAGGCCCCGUGUCGCACACGUAACAUAGCUCGCCAGAUCCCCCAGCAGCCCUGGUACAAACACACGGCCGUGCACAUGGCCAUCGGAGGCUUCCUGCCUUUCAGUGCCAUCUCAGUAGAACUGUACUACAUCUUUGCCACCGCGUGGGGUCGUGAACACUACACACUCUACGGCAUUCUGUUGUGCGUCUUUGCCAUCCUGCUCUCGGUGGGCGCCUGCAUCUCUGUGGCCCUCACCUACUUCCUGCUCUCAGGCGAGGACUACCGCUGGUGGUGGAGAAGUGUUCUGAGCACCGGCUCCACUGGCAUCUUUAUAUUUGUUUACUCACUCUUCUACUACCACAAUCGCUCCAACAUGAGCGGCCUUGUACAGAGCGUCGAAUUCUUCGGAUAUUCCUUGCUCACUGCGUUUGUUUUCUCGCUCAUGCUGGGAACGGUCUCCUUCUGGGCUUCUCUGGCUUUUAUUCGUUACAUCUACCGUAGCCUUAAGAUGGACUGAGUUUGUUUCCUCUCAAGUUUCCUCACAUGGGGAAGAGACUCGUGGACCAGGUCCUCAUGGAGCCCUGCAUGAGCAGGUUUUGUGUUGCUGAAGUAUAUUAAACUAUCAAAACUGUUGAUGCCAAUCUUAAAAGGAAUAGGGAACAGACAAUGUGACUGACUAAAGACUAAUUUAAUAUUUUAUUUUGCUCACCAACACCCUGAUACUUAAUUCACAUAGAUAUAUAUAUAGUUGCUAGAUUAUAUGCACAUCAAAUACAGACGUAUUUGAGAGUCAUUUUGGAUCGUUUGUGCUGAAUGGAACAGAUUUUCAUACUUCAAAUGUUGCUUACCAAGUAUCCAAGACUUGAAAGUUUUGUUUUGGAUUUUGUUUAUGUAGUGAAUAUGACUAAAAUGAUUCAAUGUCAGUUUCAAAACAUAAGGGGAACGAAUCAGAGGCCUUCAUGCUUAUCUAUGUUUCAUAAGACCAUUGAGGAGAUGAAGCACUUAUAUGUACUGUAGGUGGGUUUACUUGAUGAUUAAAGGUGGAUGUUGGUUAUA